CCGGAAGUUGAACGUUAAAACGUUAAGUAUGGCGAAGAGAGUCGUCGUACAGAAGGAAGCUUUGUCGGUCCUAUCAAAUACAUGUACCUUGAAACAGAAGAAACAAGGGUGGUUGCUGGGCUACAGAAAUAGUAGCCAUUAUGAAGUUGUUGCCUGUGCACAUUGUCAAGAAGACUGGAACACAAAUGACAUAAAGCAAUAUUUACCAGGAGGUAUCUAUAUUGUUGGCGUGUUUUACUCCAGUCUUAGUGCUGUAGAUACCAACAGUAUUACCAAAGAUUUGGGAAAUUUUGGACUGGAAAAGAUUCUUGAGGCAGAAGAUUUAAUUGUAUGUGCAAUUGGAGUUUCAUGUGACUCAGUAAUUGAGGAAAACUUUUACCUGUGGACAAAUGGACAAACACUGACCAUACCAGUGGUCACAAUAUCACCAGACCACAGUCUGGACAAUCUCCUUAUGAUUAGGGUCCAGUGUCCUGUUCCUCUGAGUUUUGAACUUGUUACAAAAGCUGAUAUAUGGAAGUCAAAUCUACUAAAGGAAAUACAUGAGUUGUGCAAUGCCUCGAGGUCGAGAGGUGUUCUGUACCAUCUUAAGGACAGUGAUAUACUGAUAGGACCAGAUCAGUUGUGUGGUGUCUCUCGGGAUACUGUCUGUUCCGAUCUUCACAGCCAUAUCAAAUGCGAUGAUGGAUUUGGGAAAAGUGGAAGAAAGUCUAAUAAAAAGGACCAGCUGCCUACACUGCAGUUCUCUAUGUACCAUCAGAUAAACAAAAAGUCCUCAUUUCAUGCAGUACCAUCAUGUUGUCCAGUCAUAAAACAUUCUCUAGGUAACUAUAAGAGUGUUGAGAUGACCCUUCCUGUAGACGCUGUGGCAGUGGUCAGCAGAGACUUACCUAUCACAGAUCUCCAUGCCAUCCUUGGUACAGCUGUUAGCCAGCAGCUCACUGCCAUGGCUUCCUGUAUCAUAAGAGACACAGUUGCAAAAAGUGAGAAGUUCAGUAAACCUGUACCCUAUCACUUCCAGCCUGGGGGUCUACAGGCCAUCUUCUCCAUCAUCUACUUACAAAAUAUGACAGAUGAACAAUUAGUACAAAGGCGGACAGAGGUCCACAAAAUGCUGAGUUUGCCAGAAAACCGACCAAUGUUUAGGAGAAGCAAUGCUGUCAUGUUCCAUGAAGAGCGCUCCAAUUAUGGCUAUCUGAUUAACCCUCAUACCAGCAUCCCCACGCAAGGAAUGAAGGGAGGAACAAAGUAUCUAGUGGAUGGUCUCUACAGCUACCAUCACUACAUGCAGGACAGGUUCGAUGACAAUAAGUGGGGGUGUGCUUAUCGCUCUCUACAGACCAUCAUGUCCUGGUUCAAACUGCAAGCGUACACAGAGAAGCCUAUAGCUAGCCACAGAGAGAUACAGCAGGCACUGGUGGAUGUUGGGGACAAGGACCCCAAAUUUGUGGGGUCACGUCAGUGGAUUGGAUCAAUGGAGGUCAGCUACUGUUUGGAUCAUCUCUUAGGGAUAACUUCAAAAAUCAUGUUUGUCAGUACUGGUGCAGAUCUCGCAACUAAAGGGAGAGAACUGGCUCUCCACUUCCAGACACAAGGGACUCCGAUCAUGAUAGGUGGUGGUGUAUUAGCUCAUACCAUCCUUGGAGUUGAUUUCAACGAAGUCACUGGUGAUGUUAAAUUCCUCAUCCUUGACCCUCAUUAUACUGGUGCAGAAGAUCUCAAAGUCAUCCUCGAUAAAGGAUGGUGCGGCUGGAAAGGACCAGACUUCUGGGAUCAACAUGCCCAUUAUAACUUGUGUAUGCCUCAGAGGCCCCUAGUCAUCUAACAACAGCAUCAUAUCACAUGACCUAUGUCAUCAAAUACUCAACAGAAAUGUGCAGCUCGUCAUCUUUCGUUGGGCAUUAUUUCUAUGGGACUUAAGGAAUAUUUUCAAUGUUAAUAAUUUAAAUCUUUAUUAAAGUUCACUUUGUUGAAAA